CAACAUGUUCCUGUGUCAAUGAGCUUAUACGCGACCAUGAUAGAUAUUUUUAUUUUUGUAAUGAAUUGCGCGUCUGUUUUUUGGAAUACAUAUUUGUAAUUCAUGUAGCAUGACCACAGCACUUUGAGAAGUUUGUGUUUUUAAACUUGGACACGAAUGAAACAUGCACAGCUAACCGAGACUAGCUCGGUGAUGCUAGCAUUGAGAUUGAGUGUGUUUUGCUCGUAACAUCUCCUUGGUUAAUUGCUACUGUAAUUUGCACCCAUCGCAAUUUGGACGUGCGUAAUUCUGUAUGCAGUUGAUAAACAGUUUGUCUCUUUCGACAUCGGUAAUUCGAUUCAUUACAAAUGUCAGCACAAAAGGACUGCGAGUUUUUAGUUAAAAGAGCUCGGGAGCUGGUUCCCGUUGACCCGUGUGCGGCUAAAGCCUGGCUCAUUACUGCCAGAACCCUUUACCCUGCUGACUUCAAUAUCCAGUAUGAAAUGUAUAUAAUAGAACGCAAUGCAGAAAGGACAUCCUGUGCAGGGAGACUGCUUUAUGACAUGUUCUUAAAUUUUCCAGAUCAGCCCAUUGUGUGGCGUGAGAUUAGUGUCAUCACAGCAGCACUGCGUAGUGACUCUCAGGACAAACAUUCACAGUUUCUUCGAGGGCUUUUUGAAACACUGCCUGGUCGUAUACAAUGUGAGAUGUUGCUGAAAGCCACAGAGCAGUGCUUCAACACUUUGGAGAAGGCAGAGAUGCUGUUGCUCUUAUUAAAGCGCUUUCCAGAGUCUGUUGUCCAACAUGGGGUGAGUCUAGGUGAGACACUGUUGGAGGCGGAGGCAUCAGAGAAAAUGGAGUCGCCUGUCAACUGCUUCAGAAAACUUUUUGUGUGCGAUGUCCUCCCUUUGCUGAUAAACAACAUGGAUAUGCGCCUGCCUGCCAGCUUGAUGCAGAAAUACAUUCUCAAAGCUGCUGAAUUCUACAUCGGCUAUGUCACCCGAGGGCCUUCACCUGAUGGACAGAUGAAUGUCUCUCAAGAAGGCGGUCCUCUAAAGUCCCCCACUGUCUCACGGGGCUCCCAGCGCUACGUGAUUGACGGCUUGUCGGAAAAGUCAUCAGUGGUCGCCGAACCUUGGGAAAGGCUGUUGGACCUCCUGACAGUUGUUGGCGCUCGAUGUGAGUGGCAGGGAGACAAAGGGCAGAGGAGCUACAUGGAUCUGCUUCAGAGAGUGAAGGAGCUAUGUCGCUACUUACCGGGCCUGGAGGGUGACACCAGAGCCCGGUACUGCAGUCAGGUGGUCAUCUGUGCCGCCCUCGUCCUCUUCCGCAACGCCUUCCUCUACGUCUCGACCGUGCAGCCAGCGCUGUUCCAGGGUGUGAACACUCUGAACUUGGGGCCGUGGAUUCUAGUGGAGGAUUUGAGCUCAGUGUACAAUGAUCUGGAUUUGGAGAGAGGAACAGUCAAACACACGCAUAAGAAACGCAAAAUGGCAGAUGGCAGAGAGAAGACCAUGAGCUCAGAUGAUGAGGAAGGCCUUGGUAAGAUGCGUGGUCGACACAUCCUGGUGAACAAGACUGAGAUGACCAAUUGGUCAGAGACUCUGGAGAGCUUUUACACAGCAAGAGAAAGCUGGGACCUCCUUCACUCUCAUGAGAGCCUUGAAACUGAGUUCAAAAAGAUCUGUGCCUCGUGGAAGUCAGACAGCUGGCUUUGGUUCCGAAUUUUCCUCACUGACAUGAUCAUAUACCAGGGACAGUACCGUAAGGCCCUCUCAAGCCUGCACCAGAUGGCCGCCGUACAGCAGCCUCACCCAGGCCAGCAGAGCCCCUCAAGUCAGACCAGUCUAGAGCACCACAGGGCACUCAUACAACAAGCUUCCUGCCACUACGCACUGGGAGAACACAGGAUGGCCUGUGAGAAGCUCCUUGAUGUUGUCAGUGGGCUGGUAGCUCCAAACCAUGAACCAACAAAGACCUCUGAAGAUCAGACGAGGGUCAAGAUCAAAUCUAAGAAAAGUCAUGACCUGAGAUUGCUUCCAUGUACUAGCAAGGCUGUUUUACCUUUCUGCCUUCAGCUGAUGCUGUCCUGUUUUAAGCUACGUGCCUUCACAGACAACAGGGACGACUUGUCGCUGGGUCACGUGGUGGUGCUCCUGCAGUACAACUGGCCUCAAGGCGAGAUGCUUUUUCUUAAGGCUGUGGAUAAGAUCUGCCAGCAAGGCAGUUUCCAGUAUGAGAAUUUCUUCAAUUAUGUCACCAACAUCGACAUGCUGGAGGAAUUUGCAUACCUGCGUACGCCAGAUGGAGGGAGGAUCCAGCUGGAGCUGCUACCCAACCAGGGAAUGCUGAUUAAGAACCCUAGCCCCGCCCUGGGGGUGGAGUUAAACACCCUUCUGCUACAAGGGGUUCAGACGAUGGACAGACACCACACAGUGACAAGAGGGAUCACCAAAGGAGUGAAGGAGGAUUUCCGUCUGGCCAUGGAGAGGCAAGUGUCGCGUUGUGGAGAGAACUUGCUCAGCGUGCUGCACCGUUUUUGUAUCAACGAGAAAAUCAUCAUCGUCCAGUCUCUCCCUUGACACCUGCUUGGGAUACUUUUAAACUUUCUCAGAAAUUAGGUUGGACUGACUCUUUGACUUCUCAUAGUAGAAAACUGUUGUAAAGAGAUAGUGGAGACCGCAAACUUACCACACUGAUAACUUUUCCUUUACAAUGAUGUGUCAUUUUCUUCAUUGUUGGUGUGUUAGGUAACAUGCUUAACCACAACAUUUUAAGUGGUGUCAUCAUGAUGUGAUAUUUGUCAAUAAUGAUAAAAGAACUUACCUUUUGUGGGAAUAUUUUUGGUAACAAGACAUUUUACUUGACAUUACCUUUUAAAGUGAUGAAUGAUAAUUGCCGCUAUUGGGCACAAGGUGGCAGCAGCUAGUAAACCCAACACAACCCUCCCAAUCAGUGUGAUGCAGUGCAGUUCUACACCACUGCAAAAAUGUUAACUAACAGCUCCAUGACAAUGUCAAUCAAAACUGAACAUUAAUGUGACUGUGAAGAGAGCCGAAUAAAUGUUUUGAUACAACCUUUGUGUUAGAUAGUGCAAGCGUGUGUAUUCUAGGCACAUCAAGGCCUAAAACUGCAGCUUGUGUGCAAUAAAAACACCACUGCACACACUAUCUAUAUUUAAUAGCUAUGCAAUAAUAGUGGCAGCUGUCCGAUUCAAUAUACCUGCUCACCUCUUGCCUUGAGGCACAGUGUUUCCUGAGCAACUACACUGUUUGCUCUUCACACCUACACACACACACACACACACACCCACACACUACUUUAAUGCGAAAGCUACAGACCUGAAGGCUUAAUUAAAGGCAAUGACACAGACAGGUGGACGUCAUCACACACAUACACAAAUACUUCCCGACAGUGUUUUUUAAACCAGACGUUUUCCCUUAGUGAUUGACAGAUGGAGCUAAGAAUUGAAUAAAGUUUUAUUUGAGCUGGCUAACCUUGUUCUCUCCUGUCAUGGGGGGAACACUGCAGACAUAUUUAGUGCCUUUCGGCAAUAAGAUGUCAGAAGAUGUUCAAUUUUUCAUCAUCUUGCUGUAAAAAUUGUAUUUGCCCUACCUUUGCUCCCUUUAAUAA